AUGGCGUGGCUGGAAAUCGCCGUCAAGAAAGGCGAAGCCGAUCUGAGUGCUUCAUAUCAACCACUAUCAACGAUUUACACGGACCUUCCCUCGACAAAGGUCGAGGUCGCGCGGCCCAAAGCCAAGGUCAAGACUCGCGGGACACCUCGACCAGUUGCCAAAUCGCCCACCGAAGCCGAACCGGUGCUGCAGCCCAACCCUAUUGACCCUCAACCGUCCUUCGCUGUCGACGCUCGGGCACUGAAAGUGUUCCGAACCAUCUUCUUCAACCCGGCCGUAACCUCGACACCGGGCGAGAUCCCGUGGAAUGACUUCCUCCACGCCAUGACUUCCGUUGGAUUUACGGUCAUGAAACUAUACGGCUCUGUCUGGCAAUUCCAGCCGACCAAGCUAGAUGUCGAACGGAGUAUUCAAUUCCACGAACCACAUCCACGAGGGAAAAUCCCUUUUACAACUGCCCGGCGGUACGGCCGACGACUCCAUAGAGCUUAUGGCUGGUUCGGGGAGAUGUUCACGUUAAGCGCAAAGUGA